AAGUGAGUCAUCUUCAGAAUCAGAGACGAUCUUCGGCUCAGCUAGCCGGCUAACAGCUAGCUCUCAGAGACGCCAUUAGUUUUGGGCGAAAAGCAGCUUCUCUUCGGACAGAAAACGGAACCAGCUCCACCUUUAGACCCGGUUCUCCUCCGCCCGGCGAUAAACAUCCACCAAACCCGGCUUCUCUUCUGCUGUCGAGGCGUUUCUCUCCUGAUUGUAUCCCAAGUCGGAAGCUGAUGUGAAGCUACGCAGGAUUAGCAUUAGCAUCGUUAGCUUGAUUGUUGUUUUGAUUAUUUCACGAAAAACAACGGUUUUUAAUAAGAAAAAACAGACCAUGGCGGCCGGAGGGGCGGGCGGCAAAACCUACUCGUUCAAGGUGGUUCUUCUGGGGGAAGGAUGUGUGGGGAAGACGUCCAUGGUGCUGCGGUACUGCGAGAACAAAUUCAACGACAAACACAUCACAACUUUACAGGCGUCCUUCCUCACGAAGAAGCUGAACAUCACAGGAAAGAGAGUGAACCUCGCCAUCUGGGACACGGCGGGUCAGGAGCGUUUCCACGCUUUAGGACCGAUCUACUACAGAGACUCGAACGGAGCCGUGCUGGUGUACGACGUCACCGACGAGGACUCCUUCCAGAAGGUGAAGAACUGGGUGAAGGAGUUGAGGAAAAUGUUGGGGAACGACAUUUGUUUAUGUAUAGUAGGUAAUAAAAUUGAUUUGGACAAAGACAGACAUGUUUCAGUGGAAGACGCUGAGAGCUAUGCAGAGUCGGUUGGAGCCAAACAUUACCACACGUCAGCGAAGUUAAAUAAAGGCAUCGAGGAGCUCUUCCUGGAUCUCUGUAAAAGGAUGAUGGAGACGGCUCAGGCUGAGGAGCGGUUGAAGGGCAACGGCGCGAGCCAAUCAGCAUCGAGUAGGCGGGGCGUACAGAUCGUUGACGACGAACCCCAGGCCACGCCCGCGGGGGGGUGCUGCUCCUCUGGCUAACACACACACACACACACAUACACACACACACACACACACACGCUUGCACACACAUUAACGAGUGGCUCUAAAACCCUAAUAAAAAGUCCUUUGCUGCUAAGGAUCAUGGGAAAUCACGUUUCAAAUGAUGUCCCUUCAAAAUAAAAGCAUCUCUUGAUCAAAAUCUGUCCAAAAUCCUCCCGUUUUCAGCACUUUAACCCUUAAAUAUCUACAGAGUCAGUGACUUCACCUAAAAUAAACACAUGACAGAUGUUGUUGUGUUUAUUACGCCAAUAAAAAAGCUGAUUUAAAACAGA